AUGGCACCAACCGAGUACACAAUCUACCGCGGGGCUGAGGGCAUGAUAAAGCAAGAAACUACUGAGCUCCCAGCCUUAGGCCCCAAAGAGAUCCUGGUCAAGAUUACCCACUCUGGCGUCUGUGGCACAGACGUCGCUUACAUGCCAUAUGGCAUCGCACUUGGCCACGAAGGAGUUGGAAUAGUUGAGGCUAUUGGUAGCGAAGUGACACAAUUAAAAGUCGGAGAUAGAGCUGGGGGCGGAUUUCAUCGAGAUUCUUGCGGCCAUUGCCACUACUGCCUAUCAGGCCAAGACAUUUGGUGCUACGAGCGCAGCGUCUUCGGCGAGAAGGACUAUAAUAACGGUACUUUUGGAGAGUACUACGUGGGUGUUGAGACCUAUCCCCAUAAAAUCCCAGAGGGCCUUUCUAGCGAAGAUGCGGCUCCAUUACAGUGUGCUGGUGCGACGACGUACAGCGCCUUGGUCGACGUGCUCAAGCCUGGAGAGAGGGUCGGAAUCGUCGGUAUUGGCGGGCUGGGGCAUCUCGCCAUUCAGUUCGCCUCGAAACUUGGAGCCCAGGUCGUUGUAUUCAGUACUAGCCGAAACAAAGAGGAGGAGGCCAAGCAACUCGGCGCCUCGGAGUUCUAUCUGCUGGAUGAGCUCGAAAAGGUCCAGAAACCAGUCCAAGUUCUUGUCAUAGCUGGCAGCAGAUACCCAGACUGGAGCAAGUUCAUGGUCAAGGACAUCCUCGCCCGUGCCGGCACUAUCGUCCCACUGUCGGCUCCGCAUGGAGACUUGGUUCUUCCGUAUUCCUCCCACUAUAAAUUUGCUAGUACGAUUGCUGAUUGGUCCAUUCAGUUCUUUCCCAGUCUUGUUCGAUGGUACAACCUUCACUUAAGCUUGGUCGCAUCGCGGGGGAGACACGUUGAAAUGCUAGAGUUUGCUGCCUCUAAAUGCGUCAAGCCAUGGGUUGAGAAGUUCGAACUCAGUGAGAGGGGAGUUAGGGAGGCUAUCGGCAAGCUCAAUAGCAACCAAAUGCGCUAUAGGGCAGUACUUGUCGCAAGGGACGCGUAGAUGAUUGCGUGAGGCUCGCCUUCGGGCCUGGGAUAACAGUACUCGAUAUGCCCGGGAAAAUUCUUCGAAGACCAAUUGGGGAUCGAUAGUUCGAGAGAUCAAUGAAGUGGUAAUGAAUAUGAUGAAAGAAGAAUCGGGGAACCUCCCUGUCCUUCCAAGGCUGAGUCAUCCAUCAAGCCGAUUUC